AUGGCGGAGCUGCUGUGGAGUCUGCAGGAUUCCCAGCUCGUGGCCCGCUUCCAGCGCUGUUGCGGGCUCUUCCCAGCGUCGGAUGAAGGCCCCCGGGAGAGCAGCGCGGGCCCCUCGGAGGGCGAGACGCCGGCCCUCGGGGUCGGGCAUCUCCCCUGCGCCAACGGCAAAGGCGGCGGGGGGCCGCCCAAUGGGCUGAGGAGAGACGCGGCCCCGCAGGCUUAUGUGCAGAGAUACGUUGUGAAGAAUUAUUUCUACUAUUACCUGUUCAGAUUCUCCGCUGCCCUGGGACAGGAGGUCUUCUACAUCACAUUCCUCCCCUUCACUCACUGGAAUAUAGAUCCAUAUUUAUCGAGAAGGCUGGUCAUCAUAUGGGUGUUGGUGAUGUAUGUUGGCCAAGUGACCAAGGAUAUCUUGAAGUGGCCCCGUCCCUCUUCCCCUCCUGUUGUGAAACUUGAGAAGAGAGUGAUUGCUGAGUUUGGAAUGCCAUCCACCCAUGCCAUGGCGGCCACCGCCAUUUCCUUUACUCUCCUUCUCUCCUCUAUGGACAGAUACCAGUAUCCUUUCGUUUGGGGGCUGGUGAUGGCUGUGCUGUUCUCCACCUUGGUGUGUCUCAGCCGACUCUACACUGGGAUGCACACAGUGCUGGAUGUGCUGGGUGGUCUCCUGAUCACCGCGCUCCUCAUUGGCCUCACCUACCCCACGUGGACCUUCCUCGACCGCCUGGACUCAGCCAGCCCCCUCUUCCCUGUGUGUGUCCUCGUUGUACCCUUCUUCCUAUGUUACAACUACCCCGUGUCUGAUUACUACAGCCCAACCCGCGCGGACACCACCACCAUCCUGGCUGCCGGGGCCGGGGUGACCGUAGGAUUCUGGAUCAACCACUUCUUCCAGCUGGUGUCCAAGCCCACUGAUUCUCUCCCUGUUAUCCAGAACAUCCCAUCACUCACCACUGGCAUGUUAGUUUUGGGUCUAACCAAAUUUGCUGUGGGGAUCUUAUUGAUCCUCGUGGUUCGGCAACUUGUACAAAAUCUCUCACUGCAAGUAUUGUACUCCUGGUUCAAGGUGGUGACCAGGAACAAGGAGGCCCGGCAGAGACUGGAGAUCGAAGUGCCUUACAAGUUUGUUACCUACACAUCUGUUGGCAUCUGUGCUACAACCUUUGUGCCAAUGCUGCACAGGUUUCUGGGAUUACCCUGAGCCUCUGCCAGCUGGGUGUUAGCCCACACAGACGUGAGAGCUAAGAUAUGGGGGAAUUGUUGGGUGGGCAAGCCUUGACAAUUCAAUUUUCUUAAAAAACAAAACUCUGCCAUAUGCCUGCUCUGCCAGUGUAAGAUAAAUGAUGCUGCUGUGUUAAGGGAAAAUUGUCUCAUAAACGAAAUCAGUGGAUCAGGGUUGCGCUACAGUGGAGCUCAGGCUGGGAACCCCAGCUGAGUCCUAUGGGUAUGACCCCCACCCACCCACACUUUCUGUUACAUGGACUUGA